AUGGGUCCAAAGAAAGCGCAAAGUGAAAGGUCAGAUACGCAGAAGAAAUCCGCAACCAAGAAAGCGCCUGAGCAUCCACCUUACAAAGAAAUGAUAAGCGCAGCUAUCCAUAAUCUGAAAGAAAGGAACGGUUCAUCGAGACAGGCUAUCAAAAAGUAUAUACAUGCUAACUACAAGGUUGGUGACGGUAGUGAUGCUCAGAUUAAUCUAGCUAUCAAGCGUGGUGUUGCUAAUGGAGAUUUUCUUCAACCAAAAGGGCCUUCUGGUCCCGUGAAGAUUAACAAAAAACCCGGUACAUUGAAGAAGGAAGCUCCGAAGAAAGAGCCGACUAGCAAGAAGGAGACAAAGAAAGCACCUCCUAAAAAGAAGACUGAAAAGAAACCAGAAAGAAAGAAGGUCGAGACCAAAGCUGCACCCAGAAAGACAAAAGCUACGCCGGUCAGGAAAGUAACUAAGAGAACCGCUAGCAAGACCGAUAAAUCGGCUGCAAAGAGCGAAAAGAGAAAGAAAUCCACAACCACUGGCACCAAAAGAACUGCCAAGAAGUCUAGAAAUGAAUAA